AUGCAAUGUUAUUUCCUAACCGUCUAUACCCACCCGCAGGCCUGCUUCAAUUGUUCCAAAUCAAAAUGCAAAUGUGUCUCGAGCCCCGGCCUCUCCGGAUGCGAGAGAUGUCACCGUAUGAAGAGACAAUGCAUUCCUGGGAAAGCAGCCAGAUCGCGUAAAGCCGAAAACAACAACCCCAUCAAGCGCAUCGCCCAGUUGGAAGACAAAAUCGACAGCAUCGUUUCUCACCUUGAGAAUAGCCGGAGAGUGAGACACGUUUCGGAUUCUCCAUGUCCACCGAGUACAUGCAACGGACCACCAAUACCACUCACUUCGGCCACUGGAGUCCAAGUCCCAUCAGUACUGACUGAGCCAGCUAUUGAGCGUUCACCCGAGGAAUGUCUCGUCGAGUUCCGUGAGAGAAUGCUAAAGUACUUCCCUUUCAUGCAUCUUCCUCAUAACGCGCGAUGGAUGGCCACCCAUCGACCAUUUUUGCUCACUUGCAUCAUGGCAGCAACUUCCCAGUCAACAAAAGUCAAACUUGAACUGGGAGAAACCAUUAAGCAGACCCUCAUACAGCGUGUAUAUUUCGACAAUAAUGCAGACGCGGUGAAUCUUGACCUACUUCUUGGCCUUUUGACAUUUAUUGCCUGGGGCCAUGACAGUUUGCUUCAUGGCACAGCUGCUCGAGUGUCACGAUUUGCGCAUUUAGCAAUGACAUUGACAUUCAGUCUCCGUCUUAACAAGCCGCCACCAGCUGACUCGAAUAUGCUCCCUAUGGACAAACCUCGCUCCAUCGCAGAGAACCCACAGCGUACUCCGGAAGAGAGACGAGCCGUUCUGGGGUGUUUCUAUAUGAGUUCUAUUGUGUCAUCAUACUUUGGUCAGAUUGACACCAUGCAGUGGACGCCUUAUAUGGAUGAAUGCAUGGAUGUCUUGAGUGAAAAAAACGAGUCUGUAUACGACCACAUGUUCAUUCAGCAAAUAAAGUUACAGCGCGUCGCGGUGGAUAUAGAAGAAGUGAAAGGGACGGAAAAAGUGCCGCCGGCCUUUUAUCUAGCUGGGCUUCGACACAGAAUGAACAAUAUCAAAAUGCAAAUCCCGCCACAAUUGCUUCAGGAUGGAAUCAUGCUUUCGUCAGUUUACUACACCGAACUGAGCAUAUCUGGACUUAUGCUCUGCACUAAGGGUUUUCCAGACUCCCAGGGACUCGAAAACCUAUAUGAUUGUCUGAACACGAUCAAGUCGGCACUUUCGAAUUUCUUCCGAGUUCCAGUAUCUGAUUAUCAUGGGAUACCAUUUCCGUUCUUCAUUCAGUUUACAAGAACUAUCGUCGUGUUAAUCAAGCUCUCGACCACCAAGGACGCAUUUUGGGAUUCUGCCUUGGUGAGCGGUACAGUGGAUGUGCUACAAGUCAUGGAUCGCUUGUUGAGUAACAUUGACGCAGCCAGGACUGCAAUAGGUGAUCAGGGUAAGGAUGGAUUUCUGGAUAAAGCUUUCAAGGUAUUCACAUCAGUCAAAGCGUGGUGCUCUGCAAAGCUUCAAGGAAUGGAUGGUUCAGAAAAUGUGGCAGAAAUUGCCUGUGAUCUCCAAUUUGAGGAUCUAUUUUUAGAUGACGAUUGGUUGAAAGAUUACCUGGUCCUAUGA